UUGACAACUUACCGUAGCACGUCAGCAAACAGGGCUUGGGAUGACACUUGCUCCAUCUCUUCUUUCAGUCAAUUCAGAUACCCGCCCGUGCCUCCCUAGUGUAUUGCUCUUUACCGACCCGCUGCAACAAGCCCCGGAGCCGAAGCUGAAGGACGACACCUCUCCAACCAAAAAAGCCACGUACACUUGCGCCUGCCCAAAGGUAACCUGGCUGGUCUUUGACACCUUUGCGACCAGCAUCAGCAGCCGCAAUACCAAGCCAAACAUCUUCACCACCCGCACCACCACCACCACCACCACCACCACCACCUCCUCCUCCUCCUCCUCCUCCUCCUCCUCCUCCUCCUCCUCAAAUCAAAAUGAUCCGCUCAACCCAAAUCGCCCGCAUAGACGGAGUAAUGCUCUGCGCCUCAACAGACACCUCCCCCUCCGACCCCCCCGACCUAGCCGAAGUAAAAUCCCAAAUCAAGCUCAUCCUCCGCCGCCUAACCCGCACUUCCAACCCCCAAGCCAGCAUCUCGUCAGGCGCCUACACAAUCCACUACCUCCUCCAGUCCGACAUCGUCUACCUCACCAUCACCGACGCCUCCUACCCCCGCAAGCUCGCCUUCACCUACCUCUCCGACCUCGCCACCGAGUUCUCCACCACCUACCCCCAGCAGCAGCUCAUGUCCACCAUCCUCCGCCCCUACGCCUUUAUGGAGUUUGACACCUUCAUCAGCCGGACAAAAGCUACCUAUUCUGACGCGAGGGCGACGCAGAACCUGGACAAGCUCAAUGAUGAGCUGAGGGACGUGACAAAGUUCAUGACCAAGAAUAUUGAGGAUUUGCUGUAUCGGGGGGACAGCCUGGAGAGGAUGGGCGAGUUGAGCAGUAGGUUGAGGGAUGAUAGCGCAAAGUAUCGCAAGGCGGCCGUGAGGAUCAAUUGGGAUUUGAUGCUGAAGCAGUAUGGGCCUUUUGCCGGGUUGGGGUUGUUUAUAUUGAUUUUUGUCUGGUGGAGGUUUUUCUAGGGGGUAAGCACUGCGGGAAGGGGGAGAUGUAUUGGAACUAAUGAGGCGGAUGGACGUGAGCAUUUGGAGUUAUUGGGAAAGCGACAUGUUUGAAUAUGUAUAAAUAUGAGCAAAGGCAUGCGAGCAACUGGCUAGGCAAACAGAGCUUG